UUUUGCGCAGAAGCAGCGAGAGCGCGGGUGGGCGGAGCCUGCCGGGAUGAGUGGCGGAGGGACCGAGGCUCAUGUGGGUUGUGAGGCCGCCACGGCUGGCAGCGGCGUCAAGAAGAGGGACUCGCUGGGGACUGCGAGCGCAGCGCACCUCAUUAUCAGGGGUACGGAGUGCGGGGCUGUCGUCCCUGGUGGACCUCACGAUCUUGGAGAGAUUCAGUCAAGGCUUUUGGAUCACAGACCAGUUAUUCAAGGUGAAACGCAUUACUUUGUAAAAGAAUUUGAAGAAAAACGUGGUCUCCGAGAAAUGCGAGUUCUUGAAAAUUUGCAGAAUAUGAUCUGUGAGACAAAGGAGCACACUCUUCCCAAGUGCAGAGACGCGAUGGAGAGCGACCUGAAGGGAAUUCUCCAGAGACUGCAAGCAGCAAAUGACUCUGUCCAUAGACUCCAACGGAGAGAACAGGAACGAAGAAAGAUGUAUAAUGACCAUUUAGUAGCUAGUGAGAAGCAGCAUCAACUCCAAUGGGAGGAUCUCAUGAAAGAACAGCCCCACAGACAGGCUGAAGUGGAUGCAGAGCACCAGAAAGCCAUGGAGAGGCUUAAAGAGCAAUAUGCCGAGAUGGAGAAGGACCUCGCAAAGUUCUCAACCUUUUAAGAACUGAACCACAACAGUGACAGACAAAUGAGAAAACACUGAUUUCCAUCCAAGCACUUCCACCAACCACUUAGCCUCUGCUUCAAGCUUAGCAAUAUAUUCAGUGGCACUCUGUGUCAGAGGAGAGCGACUUCUGCUGAAGCCUGAUGGGGUGUUCAGUGGAAGGAGAGUGCCGUGUCAUUCCCAUUUAAGUGCCUUUAGGUGAUCAUGCGAAUGGGAAGCUUAGGAGGGAAAACAGGAUCAGCUUAGUCUUUGUUUAUCAGAAUUGGUUUUCUUUCCUACUGUUUAGCUCAGAGAACUGUAAGGACAGACCUCUUAGAAAGGGGAUUCAUUCUCCUCCAGGAUUAUUAUUCGUUUAUUAUUGUGGCUUAAAAGGCAGGUAGAAUAGCUGCUGUCAUAGCUUCCCUGGCCAUGAGAGAGAUAAGAAUGCAUAAAGUAUUAUUCCAUGAGUAAUGUCAACAAACAGCCAGCCUUGGAGAAGAGAUCACACGUGAGACGCCUGAGAGUCAAACAUUGUCUCCACUGUGACAAAGAUGGCCAUGGUAGACUUUGAACCACCUGUUGGGAGAGGUUGCAGAAUUUGUAAUGCCAUGCAUUUCCCUGGAUGACAAGACAUGGAUGUUAAGAUUUGUGGCCUUCCAGUCCUUAAUAUUUUCAUCUUUUUAAAAUACAUUUUGACAUUUAGCCUUUUCAAGAACCAUAGUCUUGCCGAUAAUGUUUGCCUCAUUUUUAUAUCUAUUUUGCUGUGGGUAAGUGUAUAACAUAAAUAAUGUUUAUACAUGUUUCAAGUGUUUAAUGAGUAAUCAGCAAAAUCUGCCAAGGAGUCCCUCUGGAGCCAUAUAAAGAUUCUGGCUCCGAAUGAACCAGAAGUGUUUGUCCACCUGGCAAAUGACCCGUGUUAAAUGUAAAUCCUUUUUAGUGUUAACGUCUGUGCUCAUAAGCAGGUGUAUUUUGAUGAAACGUGUACCAAUUCUGUCAUCACUGUGAUCUUUAAAAAUCUGCAUUUAGCAAUCUAAUGGAAGAACUAAGUUGAUUUUUUUUUUAAUUUGCCAUAAACCGAGCAAAAGUAAGUGCAAUAAUUUCAAGAGAUUUAUGGCAAAUUAAUUUGCAGUAUGGGUAAAUCUUUCUAAUAUUUUUAUUGCUCUUCAGUAAAAGAAGGCAUAAGAAAGAAAAUAUCCCAGCUCUUGUGUUAUCUCAGUGUUGCAACUGCAAAAAAUUGACAAUGCUUGCCUGUGUGAAUUUAUGGCUUACUGUCAAGGUUUCAUUCUUGGCUGCAUGUUGAAAAUGUGAUUAAAGUUAAUAGAGGAGAUGAAA